AGGGAUGGUCUAGUCAUUUCAGCAAGAUUGGAAGCCAGAGGGAGAAAUGGCUUGGAUGCUUUUUGGUCUUGGGGGGAUGGAAGUCUGUGGUGGCCCGAGAAAAUGCCCACGGGCCCUAAGAGGUGUGGGAGAAGGAUGUGUGACCGGAAUGGAGGCCGGCGGCUUCGGCAGUGGCUGAUCGAGCAAAUCGACAGCAACAUGUACCCAGGGCUGAUUUGGGAAAAUGAUGAGAAGAGCAUGUUCCGGAUCCCUUGGAAACACGCUGGCAAACAAGAUUAUAAUCAGGAAGUCGAUGCCUCCAUUUUCAAGGCCUGGGCAGUUUUUAAAGGGAAAUUUAAGGAAGGGGACAAAGCUGAACCGGCCACGUGGAAGACGAGGCUACGCUGUGCUUUGAACAAGAGUCCAGAUUUUGAGGAAGUGACAGACCGGUCCCAGCUGGACAUUUCCGAGCCAUACAAAGUUUACCGCAUCGUCCCUGAGGAAGAGCAAAAAUGCAAAGUAGGCGUGGCGAUGCCUGGCUGUGUGAAUGAAGUCACGGACAUGGAGUGUGGGCGUUCCGAAAUUGAUGAGCUGAUCAAGGAGCCUUCUGUGGACGAGUACAUGGGGAUGGUCAAAAGGAGCCCUUCCCCACCUGAAACCUGCAGGAAUCAGCUCCUCCCAGACUGGUGGAUGCAGCAGCCCAGUGCAGCAGGCUUGCCACUGGUGCCGGGGUACACUGCCUACGAUGCACACCAUUCAGCCUUCUCCCAGAUGGUCAUCAGCUUCUACUACGGGGGCAAGCUGGUGGGCCAGACCACCACCACUUGCCCUGAGGGUUGCCGCCUGUCCCUGAGCCAGCCAGGUCUGCCCGGUGUCAAAAUGUACGGGCUCGAGGGCCUGGAGCUGGUGCGCUUCCCGCCAGCGGACACCAUCCCCAGCGAGCGCCAGAGGCAGGUGACGCGAAAGCUGUUCGGGCACCUGGAGCGUGGAGUGCUGCUGCACAGCAGCCGACAGGGUGUGCUGGUCAAGCGGCUGUGCCAGGGCCGCGUGUUCUACAGUGGCAACGCUGUGCUGUGCAAGGAUAGGCCCAACAAGCUGGAGCGUGACGAGGUGGUCAAGGUCUUCGACACCAGCCAGUUCUUCCGAGAGCUGCAGCAGUUCUAUAACAACCAGAGCCGGCUUCCCGACAGUCGAGUGGUGCUGUGCUUCGGAGAAGAGUUUCCAGAUAUGACCCCCUUGCGCUCGAAACUCAUUCUUGUGCAGAUUGAACAACUCUACGUCCGGCAGCUGGUAGAAGAAGCUGGGAAGAGCUGUGGUGCUGGGUCCAUGAUGCAGGCUCCCGAGGAGCCCCAGCCAGACCAGGUCUUCCGGAUGUUUCCAGAUAUUUGUGCCUCUCACCAGAGACCCUUUUUCAGAGAAAACCAACAGAUCACAGUUUAAGUCUCUCUCGGGCACCCCCACCCCGCCCACAUCUCACAUGUCACUAUUACAAUUACUGUCGUAAUUAUUUAAGGAUGUGGGGUCCCCUGACCUGGGGUGGGACGCCUCACUCUGCUCUUAAUUUAGUAAGGGCGUUCUCGGAGGCCUUGACAUUGAAAACAAAGCUAUAUCUACUGUUCAGAUAUAAGCAUUGAAACUCACGCUAAAUGGUAUGAAUGCUGUACCUAGGAUGAAAACAUUCUUUUCCUGCCCUUUUCCCCUAAUUAUCAUUAGUUGCUAUGAUUCUUUCAGCAUUUUGGGAUAAUUGAUAUUUCCAAACACUGGGCAUUCAAUUCAGCUAGGCCUUAGCUGCUUCCAGGAAAGACAUUUGGAGAUCGACCUGGGAGAACAAAGCUGCUUUUCAUCUUUAUCUUUUGUUAGAGCUAUAGCUGUAUGAUUUUAUGUGCUUGAUUCCAUGUGAAGUAUCUUUUUACUUUUAAGCAUGAUUUGAAAAUACUUAGAUACUUAGCCUCCCUUUAAUACGUGAAAACAAAAUUCUUGCCUUGUUAGGAGAAGGUAUAUUCUUCCCAGAAUUCGGUGCUAGGGAAGCUUUUCCAUCACCAGGUGAACUGGUGUAUUUUUACCUUCAGACAAUGAGAAAUUGCCCUUUGGCCCUUGUUGCCAGGAAGGUUGGAGCUAAGUUAGAGCUAAAUUUAUUUUUCCAUUUUUAUAAUGAAACCAACGCCAGAUACCUCUCUCUUUUCUUCUUUCUAAAUUGUUGUGACCUAUUUUAAAAAUAUUUGUACUUUUAAUUCUACUGUUUUACAUGUCUUAUUAUAAAUUGCUUUGAAGCUUUUCUUUCUUUCUUACUUUUUUUUUUGUUUUUUUAUAAAGUGGGCAGGAUAUAAACCACAAGUUCAAAAACUAAUUGUGGCUUGUACGAGCAUUCUGAUUGUGCCUUCGAUUCAGUCAACCCAUUCACCAGCCGGUGGUGUGUAGUGUGUGGGCGUGGCUAGAGUGGCUUGGGGGCUGUGGAUGACAUGUGUUAGCCUGUCACCGCUACACUGGUCCAGGGGUGGACUGUGUGGGAGCAUGCCUUCCCCCGUCCCUGCCACUCCUUGGGGAUCAAGAUGGUCCCACUCCCUACCAAAUUCUGCUCAACAGAGUUGUCUCUUGGGAUUUCAAUGGAGAAGUCCCAGUGUUAGCCUUAGAAGAACUUACCCUAUUUACUAGCAAAGAAGAUGCCCUUACUACCCCCAGGAUGUGUCAAAAUGUUUACUCUACAUCAUGAUGCUAAUCAAAAGCUAGACAGAAGAUGGAAAACAAUGGCUUGGCUGAAUGACGGUGGCAAUUCGCACCAUCUUACUGACAGUCCAGGAGGCAGGAUAGCCCAUCUCUACAACCACUUUAAAACCGCUUUCAGGAUUAAAAAGCCCUUGAACGUUUUUUCUAGAAAGGUGUUGUAUGUUGCUAGGUUGGGGUGCCCUUGAUUUGUCUGUCUGUUCCCAUGUGGUGCGCUGCGACUGACAGAGAUUGGCACCCAUGGUGUGUGUUGAGCGCCGGCCCCACUUUCUGCCAGUGCAGAGUUUGUUGAUCUGGCUGAGUCCGUCCCACCAAGGGUGUAGACACCGCGCAGUUUUAGGGGGUUGGGGAUGGUCCUUUUGCCUCCCUUCCCCUCUCUUGGUGGUGGGGAAAAGAAUCUUUUCUCUAUUCUUUUUGCUUUAUCACCCAACCUGAGUCACCAUCACCCCUGACUCAGACUCUCACAAUGAAAGGGCAGGAAGGGGGCCUCACCUGUCAACACCCAUUCGGAGAAAUGGGAGAAGGUGUUGGGGUUUGGGGGACAGAUUGCCCCAGCUCAGCCGACCUGGUGGUCUUGGGAACACGAAAGUCUCUCAUUUAAAAUCUGAAAAGCCACAGAAUGCCCCUUAACUGUCCCAUUUUUACUGCUGUGAGGGUGACGCAGGUGUAGUGCUCAUCACACUUCAUAAACGUG